GCGUCAGAGCGGCUCAUUCGGAUUUCAGCCUCCGAACAAGUCACACACUAACGCGACUCUGUAGCUCUGUAGAUUUUUUGUGAACAGUCAAGUUUAAGUUAAACAGCCAAAAUGUGUGACAUGAGCGCCCUCGAUAACCUGGUGGCCAACACGGCGUACCUGAAAGCUCAGGGUGGAGAUGAAAAGGAGCUGCGGAAACGACGGCAGAGUCUUGCCCUUCCCAAACUGGCGAACUGUGGGUCCAUCAGGGGGUCUGUGGGUCAGGACUUCGAGUCCCUGUGUGAACUUCAGCCCAUCGGGAAGAAGUUUUUCAGACUUUAUCUGAAUGAGACGCCCGAGUACGCCGUCCCUGCGGAGUUCCUGGACGAGCUAAACGAUUGGGAACUGGCUGAAGGUGCGGCCCGGGACAAAGCGUGCACCAACAUCAUCAACCAGUUCUGCAAGGAAGGUUCCAAGAGCUUCCUGUCCUGUCUGACUGGAGAAGCGCUGGAGAAGUGCAAAGCAGUGACGGAGAAAGAUUUUGAAGUUGUGAUGAUGGGAAAAGUAAAAGAAGCGGUCAGAGAGUUCCUCAAAGGAAAGCCUUUCACGGAGUACCAGCUGAGCCCGUUCUUUGACAAGUUCCUGCAGUGGAAGGAGUACGAGAAGCAGCCCAUCACGGACAAAUACUUCUACGAGUUCAGGACACUUGGGAAAGGCGGAUUUGGUGAGGUUUGUGCGGUGCAGGUGAAAAACACGGGCCAGAUGUACGCCUGCAAGAAGCUGUGCAAGAAACGACUGAAGAAGAAGCAGGGGGAGAAAAUGGCCCUGCUGGAGAAGAGAAUCCUGGAGAAGGUGCACAGCCCGUUCAUCGUCAGCCUGGCGUACGCCUACGCAACCAAAACUCACCUGUGUUUGGUGAUGACGCUGAUGAACGGCGGAGACCUUAAAUAUCACAUCUACCACAUCGGUGAGAAAGGCAUCGAGAUGGACCGGAUCAUUUAUUACACCGCUCAGAUCACUACAGGAAUGCUGCAUCUACAUGCUAUGGACAUCGUUUAUCGGGACAUGAAGCCAGAGAACGUUCUCCUGGACAGCCAGGGGCACUGCCGACUGUCGGAUCUCGGCCUCGCCAUCGAGCUUCCUGCCGGAAAAACUUCAACUCAGAAGGCCGGGACAGGAGCGUACAUGGCUCCCGAGAUCCUGACUGAGACGCCGUACAGGACGUCAGUGGACUGGUGGUCUCUGGGCGUCAGUAUUUAUGAGAUGGUCUCCGGCUACACGCCGUUUAGAAAAGAUAAGGCGGACAAGGAUGAAGUGAAGCGGCGCAUCAUCAACGACGAGCCUGUGUUCGAGCACAAAAACUUCGACCCGCUCACUAAAGACGUCAUCCAGCAGUUCAUGAAGAAGAAGGUGGAAGAACGACUCGGCUGCAAGGGUGACGACCCCCGGAAGCACGAGUGGUUCAAAUCGAUUAAUUUCCCUCGUCUGGAAGCAGGACUCGUCUCUCCACCAUGGCUUCCCAAACCCAACGUCGUCUACGCUAAAGACACUGGAGACAUCGCGGAGUUUUCCGACGUUAAAGGCAUCGAGUUCAACGAGAAAGAUGAAAAACUCUUUAGAGAGUUCAGCACAGGCGCCAUUCCCAUCCCCUGGCAGAAGGAGAUGAUCGACACCGGACUUUUCGACGAGCUUAAUGAUCCCCAAAGGAAAGAGUCUUCUGUUGGACUGGACCAGGACAAGAAAUCAGGCACAUGCACACUUCUGUAAACACACACACACACACACAAAACACUUCUUUAUUCGGAACACAGGAGGAGCUCUGAAGAACGAGAAUGAAACUGGCUCGCGGGUCAGGUGGAGUGUAGAUAGGAGUCUGGGUCGAACUGUUCCUCUCUCCUGUUCCCGGUGUUCCUUUUGUGCAGUAGUACACCUGCUCGCCAACAGGGGGCACCAAACUGUCCAUCUCAACUGAGAUGGUUUUAGAAGAAUAGUUUCUCGCAGGUCUCGUAAAAGUUAAAGUUCUUGUGAUGUACAGUGUGUGUUCAGUAAUCUUGUAGCACAGAGUCAGGAUUUAAGCCUGAACUCAGACCUCAGAUGUGACUACAGAUCUAAGCUCUUCCCAGACGUUACGUAUAUGGGGGCGGAGUUUGUGUAAAAACAUAGUGGUGUCACAGUUACAGGGUCGUUUUUGUUUUGGUCUUAAUUUUUUAUAUCUCGAUAACAUCUGACCUUCCUGUCUGUGGCUUUAAACUAUAAUAUACUUGUAUAAUACCAGAUAAACUGAAUAUUUCUGUUCCAUAGUGACUGGUUAGGAGGACGUGAUACAGAAAUCAGAUUCUACACUCACUGAACACUUCAUUAGGUACGGCUGUUCAACUGCUCAUGUAUCCAAUCAGCUCCAAUCAGACGGGAGCAGCUCAGUGUGGUUAGGCAUCUGGACAUGAACCGAUGAAAAUCCCACUGCGAUGUCCAGAUGGUCGGGUCAGAAUUUGGCUUCUAUCACUUCGGGCCCCUCGGUACCAACAGGGUACUAGUACCAGUUGAUCAUGGUUUAAAUCCCACAGCCUACCUGAGUAUCGUUGGUCUUCAUGUCCAUCCCUCAUGAGCACAGAAUAAUAGCUAAAAUCAUCUCACGCUGGUUUCUGGACCAUGACAGUGAGGUCUGUGCACUCACACGCCCUCCACAGUCACGUGAUCUCGGACAGACUCUGGUAUGUGGUUGCAUCGUGCGUUUGCAGCACGUCAGUAUGGACCGAACCUUUAAGGAGGUUAAGGAGCAGCUUAUUGAAUCUGUGGCAUAAAGAAUGAAGGCAGUUCUGAAGAUCAAAGGGGUCCAGCCCAGGACUAGCAAGGUGUACCUAAUGAAGUGGCCACUGAGUGUAAUCAAAGAGUAUCUUCCGAAUAUAUAACAAAGGCACAUGGUAUGUAAAAGCGGAUCAGCGAUGUGUUGUACAUUUGGUUUUAUACUCGAUACGGAUGACGUAUAAAUAGUGUUACAGCAUAAAGAAGGAGAAAAGAAGAAACAGAGGCCAGUUAUGUUUAAUAAAAAGCUUUUUCCACGAUUCAUUGUAAAUAUUUAUUUUCCUUAAGAGAGAUUAACUAAACUGCGUU